AUGUUUAACAAAACACCAGAAAUUAACGUAAAUAUCAAAGAUUUGAAAGUGACGUCACCAUUUCGAAGAAAGAAAAGGGACACUGGUUCCGAAAGUCCAAAUGCAAGUUUUGUAUCCUCUGAGUUUCAAAUGGAUGCAUCACCAUCCUUUUUAGAACCCUCUAGCAUCCCGCUCAACAAGAUCAAUCCCUUGAAAACCAUCAAAAAAAUAACUGGAAAAAAAUCGGAUGAAGUCGACACUAGGGAUUUACAUCCGGCAUCUCCUAAUCUCAAUUUUGGGAGUGAUUCCCAAAAAAUGCCGUCGUAUUCAAGAUCUGGGCUGAAACCCUCCAACUUUUCAUCUGUUUUCAAGUCAACAGAAAACUUAUCAGCUGGGUUAGAGGAUAUGCCCUUCGGGAUCUAUGAGCUACAAAAAUACGGUAUUGUAGGUAAUAUCCACACACUGGCGUUUGACCCGUUACAAUCAUUGAUGGCGGUGAUUACGGAGUUUAACCAAGUGUAUAUCUUCGGUCAGUCUAGAGUACAAGUGACAUUCCCGUUGGAAUCCAUCUCGCCUAUCAGGUCUCUGAGGUUUAUAAAGGGAAUAUAUCUGAUAGCUGUUGAUUCAACAAGUACCAUUUAUGUUAUCUCCUUGCUAAGAAAAAAGGUGAUCCAUAAGUGUAUUGCUAAAGUACCCAUCACAGCAUUUGCAUGUGAUUAUUCUUUAGAAUUUGUUUAUGUGGGAUUAAAAAAUGGUAUGGUCAGAGCCUUCAAUAUUGAAUCGGGCAUGGAUACAGUCCUAAGUUUACGGGAGCAGCAGACAACAGUUUUCAGAGGUGAGCCUAAUGUUGAAGUUACAGCGCUGAACAUCCACCCCAGAGACAUUGGUACUUUACUUAUAUCAUACCCAAAAGCUACUGUGAUUUAUAACCUGGUUGACAACACUAUCCUCAAUACUUUAGUAUAUAAGAUCCCGGAAACUGCCCCAGGUGGGGAAAAUUCCAUGUACGAAUACACAAAAGAUGGUUUUUAUUAUCCAAAGACAAUCCAUAAUUUGUGGCAUCCAAAUGGUUUGCAUUGUCUUACUGUCUACAGUGAUAAUUCUAUUGUGUUUUGGGAUGCAAAAACGGGUCAAAAAAUUCUAGCCAGGACUUUAUUUGAUGUCGAAGUUGAUGAGCCAACAGGUAAACACCAAAAAAUCAGUAAAAAUAGGAUGACAAAAAUUAAAACCAUAAGGUGGAUUGCAGAUAAAGACCCAGAGAAAACUUCCUUGCUGAUAUUGGGGGGUGAUGGAUAUCCAGCAGAUGGUUAUCAUCAAUUAGUUAGGAUGGAUUUUGGGAAAAUGCUAUCUUAUUCAAUUACUUCUUACAAGCAGAUGGCACAAUACUAUGCGCAACCUAAAGAACAGAGGAUUUUUGCAUUGCAUUCAAAGGCGGAUAUUCUUAAUUUUAUACCAUUAGGUGAAGCAUCACCUUACUUUGAUGGGUGUCAUGGCGUAGGCCUUGUUGCUGUUAUCAUGGGUGAUGGAUCUUUAAAGUUUCUGAGUUAUCCUCAGGGCCAAAUGUCCCUUCAUGCCAAAUAUUUCCCUUCUAGUAUCUCCUGGUUAAACCCUAAAAUCACAUGCUCGUCCUCUUCCUAUGUUGACCGCCGUCUUUUGAACACCAUAACUGUUAUCAAAAAUCCAAACGAGAUGCCUGAAUCGAUUCUCAAAGGUGGUAUUCCAUGUCGCCCGAAAUUCAAGGCAGACGUAGGCUCGUUGAUUAUCACAGGACAUGAGAAUGGGUUUAUUCGAUUAUGGGACUCGUCAGAAGGGCAGUUGGAUAGCAGUAGAAUAUUUGAAAUAGAUAUUGCUGAAAUUUUACAGAAAGAUGAUGAUGGUGUCACAGUAGAGAAUGUUUCAUUUGCACCUGAAGCCUUGGAAAUUGCAUGUUGCCUGAGAAAUGGGGAUGUAUUGUUAUUUGCCUACCAGGUAAACAAAAAAUAUCAACCCAAGAGUGAUAGUCUGGCUUUGGGAGCGAAUAGUUUGAAAUUGGCAGAUAGUGGCAGAGCCUUGAUAGACAUCUCUGAUCGUACGUCAACGGCAGUCAAAAGAGGCUUUCUACCUAAGUUGCUUAUAAAACCAUUACAGAAUGGCUCCGUUACUGCAAUUUGUGCCUCGAAUUUGGGUCUUGUUGCAAUAGGCUAUGAAUCCGGCAGAUUCCUAGUAAUCGAUAGACAUUCCGGCACUGUCGUUCAUAAUGAAAUUAUGAAGGAUGAUGGGUUAGGUAUACCGAUGAGGGUGACUUGUAUUACUUUUGGAUAUGGUCUGCAUAGUGGUUCGGUAGACACCGCUAGAAUCUUAAUGUACGUUGGAACAUCAAUAGGAAGAUUGCUAACUUAUGAGGUCAGUGGGCUACCUGGUACUUUUAGGACUAAGUAUAUUGAGAAAAUUGACUCUAACGAUGAAGCAAUUGAUUCGAUUAUUGUUGUCAACUCGCAAACAGGAAGACCAACGAUUGUAACUAUUGAACAUACAAAGAGAAGCUUCAGUAAUGAAAAAUCAUUUCCUUAUGUUAUUACCGCAUCCAAGUCGGAUAUUAGAGUAGUGAAGAAUAAUUCUAAAAUUGCACACAAGUCAUAUGGAAAAGGUAAUGUCUCCAAAAUCGGGAUAACUGGUGCCAAAGCUCCAAGAAUGAAUUCCGUUGCAUUCUGCUUAGUGGUAAUAUUGGGUGGUUCUAAGAUUUUGUUAUGCCUAACAAUCCCGUCAUUGAUGGAGAUUUCUAAUUUGAGGAUUCCAUAUAGAAUGGAUCCAGUUUAUGCACGUGAGAGUUAUGUCUUGCCAUUAGGAGAUGUAUUCUUGAGGAUCAAUCAAACCGAGGCUGCCCUGACCAAUAUUAUGAAGUUAAGAAAACCUGUGAUGUCACUAGAAACUAAACAGUCAGACGAUACCUUAUUCUUAAAGAAUAUCACCGUUCCCUGGAGACCUGAAGUGAAUCCAAUGCUAAAAAGUACACCCUCGGUUACGUAUUCCCAGCUGUAUACUUUACUGACAAACAAGGAGAAGCCUACUCGAAUUGGAAGUGAGGAGGGAGAGUUGUCUUGGGAGGUUUCAUGCUAUAAUCCUGCCAAUUAUACAUACAUUACUACGGCAAAACCAAUUUAUUAUAAUCCGAAUGCGUUACAUCAGGAUGCCCUUCUAAUGGAAACACCUAAGAGAAAUACAUUGAAAAAGAGGGACAAUAAAGAUGGUGGCUGGCUGAACAGUGUAUCGAAGAAAUUCUCAUCAAGUCUAGAGAAUGCACAAGAUAAUUUCGACGCAUAUGUUGGUGAUCUGAACGAUGGUUUUGAUCAAAUGGUAUCUGAUGCUAAGAACGAUGCGAUUAAAGGAAUUAUAGGUAGUAAAUUUGGCUAA